GAGAAACAGGAAGUGGACUCAUAUGUUAUCAACGGCAGAGGACCACGGAGUCUUAUUUUAGCACAAACAUAAACAUGACGGCUGUGGGAAAACACUUUGACCGGCCUGACUGAAGACAUGAGACAACCUUUGCUCCUUAUCAGUCUGUCGCUGGCAGCCCUCCUCUCUGCCAGGGUGCUGGCUCAGGACCAGAUCCAGAUCCAGUUCCAGACAGACCCGUUGCUGGUUCAAACUGGUACAGAGGUAGUGUUCACAGUGCUGACAGUAUCCCAGGUUUUCUCCAUGGAAUGGCAGUACCAAGGAGGAGUCACUCUGGGCGUGUGGAGCGGAGGAGCCCCAUCUAUUAACCCAGUUGCCCAGUUCCAGGGCCGGGUCACCAUCACUGCCACCCAGCUCCGAAUCGGAGGCGCCCAGCUCCGAGACGCGGGGAACUACACGGUGGUAGUGACCCCCCUCGCUACAACAGGCCUGACCACUAACUCCAGAUCGAUACAGCUGAGGGUGUUUGAUGCAGUGGACGGGGUGAGUCUGUUUGUUCCCUCGGUGGCGGUGGAGGGGAGAAACGUGUCUCUGAGGUGUACGUGGACGUCUGGGACAGAGAUUACUGUCCAGUGGGGCAAAGGAGGCAUAGCCAUCACCCCGGACGCCAGGAUUACCAUCUCUGAUGGCUCUCUUGUCAUCAACCCAGCCCAGCGGAGUGAUGCCGGGGACUACACAUGUACCGUCAGCAACCUUGUCAGCGCCCAAACUGCCACACAGAGCCUCACUGUCUACUAUGGCCCCGACACCCCUGUGCUGACCAAGGACACCUCAAAAGACUGCGUCGGGGGAGCCGAUGUGCUGGUUGGACAGACGGUGCGUCUCACCUGCAUGUCUGACUCGCUGCCCCCUGCCCUCUUCUCAUGGCAACGUGACGGACAGACGGUCGCAUCUGGCCAGCCGGACAGCGGGGUGCUCAGCCUUCAGACUUUCUCUACGGAUGAGAGUGGCCAGUACGUCUGCACGGCCAGAAACAGCAUCACUGGAGGCACGUCGGAGCAGGGGACAGACUUAGCCAUCGUAGCCACAUGUCUAAAUGCAGGGGAAGUGGCGGGGAUUGUGAUUGGCUCUUUGCUCCUGCUCUUAAUCAUCAUCCUCCUCAUCGUGCUCAUUGUCUUUCUCGUGCGAAGGAGGGGACGACAGAGACAAAAUGAUACUACUGUGCUUGUGCAGAAGAACAACCCAAAUCCCAGGCCUUUACCUCCAGAACCACAACCUAAUGGUGCAAGGGAUUUGGGCCAAGGUCCCCACCCCCCCCUCUUUUACAUGAACUCACACACACGCAACCCUGACCGCUUAUACAGAGCCCCGCAUGAAAGCCGUGGCAACUCGCAGACACUGGCGCUGGAAGGGGUGCAUAACUCUGACACACACCGACACAAUGGUCGUACCCACACAAAUGGACUCCCACACUAUGCCUCUCAAAAUGGCAGUGCAUUCCCACACAAUGGCAAUGACAACCCGGCUUUCACACACACUGAUGCUCAGAAUCCAAACACACAGCAGCAAAAUCCUAACAUUGUCAUUCAGACUGGCACUGCCCAGGGCGGCGCCCAGCCAUCGGCGGUCCACGUCAACCUUAACACGCUGCCACAAUCUGCCCAGCAAGGCAACAACAGUGCACAAAUGCCCACCAUUCAUGUCAAUCUUAACUCGUACCCAACCAAUGGCCAACAGAGUCAGCAAGACAACUCAUUUCCUCUUCCCAAUACAGCCGGUUAUAAUGCUUCACAACCACCCCAACAAAACCUGACACAUACGGGGCAGCCGGAUCCCAGAUUGCAAAGUGGGCAAUCCUAUCCUAAUCCUACUGACCCCCAGGUGAAUGAUAACAUAGAAGCAGGUCUACUAGAUCGGCUUGGACUUAUCCCGACUGGAUACACACAUCAUAACAGAAAUAACAUUCCUCAGCGAAAUGCCAACACACAGACGUACCAGCUGGAGCAAGAGCCUCGUCACAGGUCUGAUAGAAACUCCUGGGAUCUCCUCCGAGGGACACCGGCGUACCCCACUGGCACGCGUCAGAGAGGACACACAUCAUCUGAGGACACCUCUGACACUACAGGCUACACUUCCCAUCCUCCCAUACGGAACGCAAGAAUGCCGAGCAGAUCUCAGCCACGAACUGAGAGCAGAAGCACUUCCCGCAGCAGAGCUCCACCCAGACGAGAUACACCAUCAGUGGACAGACAGACACGGAGUCGCUCGGCUGAUCUCCGAGGCCCAAACACUCGCAGUGUAACACAGCUUGAAGCUGAACACCACACACAGAGAAGCCCCCACACACAAAGGAGGAGCGCUCAGCGAGACAUCAGUGGUUCGCCUCGUAGCCAGACUGCCCCCAGGCAGGAAGCCACACACAGAAAUAACCCCCAGGCACUACCUCUCAUGAGCCAGCAGGACUCUGUAGGCCGCUCUGCUGUGUCACAAGGACCAGUGAAACAACAGGCAGCGACUGCACCGUGGGUUGUGGAUUCAAGAGCUUUGGCUGAUCCUAAUCACCUUCCACAGGCACACGUGGCCCAGCAACACAGAGCAGAACCGAUCCAAACACCACCACAAGGUCUGGGCAAACAGACACAGCCUGUCAUAAAUGGUGCCAGUCAACCUCGCCAAGGAGGCACUGCUCCAGUCCUGUACUCUCCUGCCCAACGUAAUCCCAGUACCCUAACCCAGGCUGCACUUACAGCCCACACCGAGAGGACUCAGACAUUUCAGAAUCGGAGGCAACAGACCCAGGCCGCCCUGCUCCACCCUGGACCACAGGCACGUGUCCCUGUUGCUGGGGCUCAGCACCCACCAACUCCUCCUCCUGUUAUCCCCCUUGAACAGUUUCAGACCCUCCCCAAGAAACACACCCAGCACAGAUCCCCAAUCAGAGGCCCUCAGCCCCCCAGACCACCUGUUAACAUACCCGUGGCUCAACGACCCCAACCAGCACAACACAGGCCCGCCAACCAUCAUCACCAUCCUGGAAAUGGCCACUUGCAUGUCAAUGCACACAGACACGCUCAUGCUCGUGGCCACGGGCACCCUGCCCACUUCACCCACCCACAGCAGCAUCAGACUCACAGAGGGAGACCAAGAUGAUGACAGAUGUCAGCAGACUACACUCCACAACUGUCCCGCAUCCACUGUCACAAACAAACAGCUGACAGACGUGAUCCAAUAUACCACCGAGCGAGACUGACUGCACAAGGUUCUGCUCUCAAAAAAAGCUGUCAUACCCUGGAAUCUGAGUCAGAAAGUCAGUUUUUUUAUGAAAGAAAUGAGCAUGUCUCCCAUGGGGAUGAUGAAAUGUAACUUUUUGGAAAUCAGUCCUGCUUUCUUAGAAAGAAAUGACAAAUUGUCUCAAAAGAGGCUCGAACUGCACCUCUUUAAAAUGUACUGAAUUAAAUAAGCAAAAUGAUACUGACAGAGUUUUAGAUAAAAUGCUCCCCCAUCAACAACCUCUCUCUCCAAACACACACACACAUACUAUACAAUUUUACUUCUGAAGCACUGGUCAUGCAUCAAACUUUGCCAAGAGCUUGCACAGAGCAGACAAGUUCAGUGAUCCAUGGCUCUUGACCAAGCCCACAUCCUCUCAUCCAUUCGUCAUCGAAACUAAACAACACUACCUUGACAAAAUGCCCUUGAUGUGCCUGUAUGAAUAUCUGUGCAUGAUCUAAUAGACAAUAAAUGAGAGGGGACUCGGCCCCUGGGAACAGUGACAAUUAUGAAAGAAGAAAUUAGCCGUAGGGGUGGUCUUCAUGUUCAUGGAACUAUUUAUUUUGCGCCUUCUGUUUACAGAUGCCUCUUAUGACACUUCUCAAUUAAGGGGAUUCGCCUCAGCGGCGCUCAGAAGUAAUGCUCAGCUAACUAUGAAGGGGAUCCCACAAAUGGAUGGGCGCUUAUUAAUUAAAUGCUUUUAUGUGACUUAAAUGACUUGGAAAAUAAUCACACCCGUGCAUGAAUGAGGUCAGCACAAAGACUUGAGCUGCCACGCUUUCUGCUGAAAAAGCACAAUGUAACAAUUUACUGUCUGCACUGGGUCAUACUCGGCACAUUAAAACCAAUGGGACAUCAUUAUUACUUUUGGAGAUUAUGUAUUUAUUGAUUUAUAAUGUCUGUGUUGUUUUUUUGAGACUCAGGAAACUUGUAAAAAUUGAUUAUUUGAGUAUCAAUGAUAUCAUUUAUGAAUAAAUGUGGCCAAAUUCAUAAGGAA